CAACCGUUUCAAAAACCAAGCCAAAUCAUUUUAUUUUGUACAAUAAGUAUUUUUAAGAAAAUUCUAAUAAUUCAUCAAAAUUACAAAAAAAUACUGAAUCCCCUCCCCUGUAAAACGUUUUCAACUAAUAUGAACAAGAAAGUAGCACAAAAAAAUCAUAUUAAAUAGAUUAUAACUAGGAUAUGAAGAAAAUGGACAAAAUCAAACUUAUGCUUAGAACAGAAGAGCAUACGUACCUAAGGGUUUUACACAAUUUUUGAUAUAUUCCCUCAGUCCUUAAAUAAACUUCAGUUUUUUAUUUUAACAAGGUGUUGAAUACUACUGUAUAUUACAAAUUUAUAACAAAGUAUAAAGUAUUAAAGUAAAGCAAAUAGAAAUAUAGAACAAACACUAUAUUUAGAGGCUUAGACCUGUGUUUCCAGAGAGAAACGGAGAGCCCCCAAAACCACCAUGGCUGCAACAACAAGGUCCAUUUCCGGGUUUCCCCAACAAGAUACAGAUCGGGUCAAACAAAUAUCUCAAAUUUAGCAGUCUGGAAAGAGGAGACAAAGAAAGGUAUAUCCAUCCCAGCCUCUUCAUAGAUGGAAGCUCGUGAUUCUUCUUUUCCCUUUUCUUUUUUGGGACAAAAUUAUAUCACAAUAAAAUAAACCGAACCAUAUUAACUAACACUAUGUUUGGUUUGGGGAAUUAUGAGAAAAUGAAAAAUGCUAACACUAUUUAUGGUUCAAGGAAUUUGGAAGGACAAAAAGAAAAUGGCAUGAACAAAAUUACUACUGAUGAGGUUAGAGAAAAAAGAAAAAGAAAAGUUGAAGAAAAAGAAAAUGACAGAAGAAAAUAAAGGAUACCACAUAGAAACCCCACACAUAUCUCUAGGGCUAUUUUCUUAUGAGGCUCAGAACUAUGACAAUUAGAAGAACCCCCCAUGACUGCAAUCAUCAAUUAAAACCCAAUUGCCACGCCAAGAUACUAAUUGGUUCCACAAAAUUCCCUAAUAAUUUAACCAAGCAUCAUCACAGCCUCUUUCCCUUACGUUUCUUUUCCUUGCGAUUUUCUUUUCUUUUCCUUUCUAACCAAACAUCAAAGCUGCCUUUUCUUACCAUUUUAUUUUCUUUUUCCUAUAUAUGAAUUCUUUGAACCUCUUUCCAUCAUAUCCGAUGGAGCCAAAAUUUCACCAUUUUUUGGCUUUGGGGUGUGAUGGAAUAAAUCAAAAUGGAUCUCUAAACUGUCUGCGCUUCUUUAAUUAAUGAAGUAGCAGUUUGUCAAGCAAUGCAACUUUCGACAUUGAGCCGGGGGUCUCUUUGGAAACAGUCUCUCUACUUUCGAGUAGGGGUAAGGUCUGCGUACACACACCCUCCCCAGACCCUACUCUUAAAGGGAAAUUUGGAAAUAGAGAGACCAUGUGCAAAAGAAAGGGAGGCAAGUAGGCAACUGCCCCUUUCGAGAAACUCCCAUCCCUCAAUCACUUUUUGUGAUUCCUUCCCAAGGAAAGCUCGUUUCAUGAGGUUCAAACUUCAAAGCAUUGCUUACACAAGGCAAUGAGAAGCCCAGGCCGCCAUGGCUGCAAAAACUAGGCCAUUCGGAAUUUUGCCCCGCCAAGAUACGGAUCGGCCCCUCACACACCGCAGAAUAAGUACCCUGCCAUGAUAUGGAUUGCAUCCUCAAAAUACCCCAAAUGAUAGUAGAGUGUGGUAUCAUCACAGCCUCAUCAGAUGAUAAACCCAAGCAUAUUUACUUUUAUAAAAUGGGGGAUCAACAACAAAAACAACGAAAAAAUAUUCACAGUUUCACCCAGAGUUAGGCUAUUUUAGUUAUAUAAAAAGAGACAAAAUUAGACAGAUACCAAAGACAAAAUAAUACAUUUCUGUCCGACCACAAUCUUCCUAAAAUUCAAGCCAAAUCCUUUCCAUUUUGUAUCACAAGUUUAUUUAUUUAAGAAAAUUUUAAUAAUUAAUCAAAAUUGCAAAAGCAUACUGAAUCUUCCCCCUCAAGUGCAAAACAUUUUCAACUGAAAUGAACAGAAAAGAUAGUUACACAAAAAAAACUCUGUAUUAAAUUAAAUAUAUUGAAAUUGGAAAUGUAAAAAAUGGACGAAAUCAAGCUUGUGCUGAGAAGAGAAGAGCACAUGUACCUAGGGGUUUAACAAACCUGUCAUUAAACCAGGUUUUUGACCAAAUCAUGAGGGAGUAGAAAUAAGAUCAAAAAUCUUCUCUUGGGAAAAGAUUUUCAAGAACACUAUUUUUAGCAAAAAAUUACUCCGGGUACCCUCAAUUUUUUGGUAAUAACUCCCGGGUCCCACAUUAUCAAAUAUACUUUGGGGGUCCUUAAAUUUUGUGGUAAUGUACCACGAGGGUACAUUCCGUCUAUUUGGCCGUUAGGAUUGAAAAUUCUGUUACUUUGACAAAUACUAAAUUUUACAUUGAUAAUCAUUAUUUUAUUGAAUUUAAAUAAAAUUCUUCAAUUCGUCAAAGUAAAAGAACUUUCACUCAUAAUGCCUAAAUUGACAGAAUGUACCAUCAGAGUAUAAUAUGAUAAAUUUUAAGGACACCGGAGUAUAUUUUGGAGAAUGUGGAACCUAAGAGUUCUUACUUGAAAAUUGAGGGUACACCAGAGUAUUUUUUAGAUAAUAAUGUAAGACCUGGGAGUUAUUACAAGAAAAUCGAGGGUACCCCAAAGUAAUUUUCUGCUAUUUUUAGAGGCUCAGAUCUGUGUUUCCAUUGAGAACUUGAUAACUGCAAAACCGACAUGGCUGCAACAACCAAGUCCAUUUCCAAGUUGCCCCGCCAAGAUACGGAACAGGUUAAAAUUACCUCAAAAUUAGCAGCCCGGGAAGAGGAAACGCAGAAAAGUACAUUAUCACAGCAUCUUUCCAAGUCUAACAAUAAGAAAUAAUUGGAGUAUUAUAAUACUGAGUAAUAACCUUUCGGUUGCUGACAGAUUGAUGCAUGCUUAUGUUUCCCUUCUGAAUUCCUUGAACCAAACAUACCGUAUGUAUUUUCUUUCUUGUGAUGAGGAAAGACAAAAAGGGCUGUUUGUAAAUAGAGAGAUCAUGGGCAGAUGAGAGGGAGGCAACUGUCCCUUUGCCAGAGGGAGGGCAACCGCCCUAAAAGAAAUCCCAAAGUCGCCUCAGUUGUCACUCAUUUUUUUAAAAUACUUCUUCGAAACGUGAUUCCAUGAAAGCUCUUUUGAUGAGGCUCAGAGUUAUGUUUACACAGGGCAAUGAGACGCCCAGGCCGCCAUGGCUGCAACAAUUAGGUCAUUCGGGAUUGCCCCACCAAGAUACGGACCGGGUCCUCACAAGCCACAAAAUUAGUAGCCUGGUAUCAUCACAGCCUCAUCAGAGUUACAAUAGUAAGUCACAAUUUUCCCAAAUAAGAAGCUUUUUGUCUAAAAUGUCAUAUUUGUCACAAACGCAUAAGUUAUUUUAACCAACACUUCAAAAUAUACUCCCUCUGUUCCAUGAAAACAACAUUGUUUGGGUUUCACAUACUUUAAGAUAAGUGUUGAAAUCUGAAGUGUGUGGUUGAAAAUACAAUUUUCCAUUUUCCACACACACAAGCAUACAUUCUAGGUUGCAGAAAAAUAAAGAGGGCGUUAGUUUAGAAGAGCAAAAAAAUCAUCAGAUUUCAUAGAGAAGAAGACCAUAAAGAUUGCUCACAUAUACGACCAUGAGAAAAACAACCCACAAUGACUGCAAUUACCGGUUAAUACCAGAUUGCCACGCCAUGAUACGGAUUGAUUCUACAAAAUGUUCCCUAACAUGACUAGCCAAGUAUCACCACGGCCUCUUCCAGGUCACAUUAAUAAAUAAUGUCAACCCAUUGCUUCAACUGCAAUGCUGUUGUUUUAGGCUUAGAAAAUGAGGCUUUCCUGGAAACAAGCUCAAGUUGUUAGAUAUUUGUAUUACUCUCCUGUCCCAAAAUAAAAGUCAGAAUCAUUAUUGACACCAUCAAACUUAUCUGCUUUAAUCAAUAAUUUUGACCAAAUAAAAUAAUCAUGUCACAUCUUGUUUUGUAGAACUUUAGGAAGGACACAAAAUGGAAACCGAAACCUACCUCUAGGGCUCUUUUCUUAUGAGGCUCAAAACCAUGACAUUUAGGCCCCGUUUUCUCAAGGGGAAUUUACCUAAAUUGUACUAAAAUAUAGUGACUUUUCCAAUGUAGUACCACUGUUCAAUGUCCACUAGACAUUGUUCAAAAUAAAUGUCCGCCAUCACUGGAUCUCACCACUAGACAUUAUUCAAGUAUUAUAUGUUUUAGUACUAUUUAGUACAUUGGGAGAGGACAUAUGUUUUAGUACUAUUUAGUACAUUGGGAGAGGACAUAUGUUUUCGUCCUAUUUAGUGCAAAUUUCACUUUUCUCAAGCUUAUUUUUUUCUACUUGAUCAGAUAAGGGAAAUAGCUUUAAAUUAGAUCAGGCGAAUAGACCAGAUCCUUGGAACAACCCGCCAUGACUGCAAUUAUUGAAUUGCCACACCAAGAUACGGAUUGGAUCCUCGGUCCAAAACAACAGCUUUAGCCUUUAAUCAAGAUCAGGCAAAGAGAUACAGCCCUAGAACAACCCGCCAGGACACUGCAAUUAUUGAUUUGCCACGCCAAGUUACGGAUUGGUUCCUUGGUCAAACAAUAACUCAGAAUUGUUAUUCACAUCACCAAACCUUGAGGGUGUUUUUCUGUGCUUAUAAUCUAGUCAAAAUGACUUAUAAGCUAUUUUUAACUUAUAAGUCAUUUGACGUGUUUCUCUGUGCUUAUCUAAGUUGGUGUUUCUUUGUGCUCGUGCUUAUUGACUUAUUACUUAUAAGCAAUUUUGAACUUAUAAGUUGCUUAUAAGUUUUAAAAAAAAAUUUAUAGAUAAGAUAACUUAAUGA